ACCCGGAAGCUCAAAAAGUUGCAGGACCGAUCUUUGACAAUGGACAAGUUCCAUUGCUAAGGAAUUCUAAGUGUUGGUAUGUCUACCUGAACAGUAAGAUGAGCAACAUGUCCGAGACCUUCAUCCACUACUAUCCCAACCAGUACAAGGCUCUGGUGCGAGGUCUGGACAACCAACGCAGACAGGGCCUCAUGUGCGACGUCGUCAUCAAAGUACAGGGGACGGAGUUCAAAGCCCACAGCGCCGUCCUGGCCGCUUCUAGCGACUAUUUCAACAGUGCUGUACCGUCUUUCCCGCUGGGAAGCCACUUGAAGACUGUGAACCUCCCCAACGUCACCCCGGAGGGAUUCGAGCAGGUCCUAGACUUUGUCUACACGGCGAGCCUGCGGCUGUCAGCUGCGAAUGUCCUGGAUGUUCUGUCGGCUGCCAGCUACGUUCACAUGCACGAGGUGGUCCGGAUCUGCACCGACUUCGUCAAGACGAAGUUUGAGAUGAGACCCAAGGAAUCGCCGCAGGGCUCCAGCGAAGCAUCUCCCUCGAGAACUAACCUUCCUUUAGAGACUAUAGUGAACACGCUGUCGUCAACAGCCAGUGCAGCUAGUAGGAGAUCUAGAACUCCCCCCGCUUGUGCCUCCAGCACUUCCAGCGGUGAUGCCAGACCCGUGGUACACAGUAGCCCACUGUCUAUACUGAAUGCCAGCCCACAGAGCAGCACUCCUGCUGUGGAACACACCUCAGCCAGUCGUCUGGACAUGGCCCUGAGGAGGGACACUCCGUCACAGGGAAGUAACCCUGAGUUGGGUCACCAAGAUCGCCUGGAGAGUCCAAGCACAUCACAGGCCAUCAACUUUCAGGUGAAGACUGAGCCCCCUGAUGUGUACGAAGCAGUUUCCGUGACCUGUGUACAGCAGGCAACGACCGACAGUCAGCAGCACAGCAUCCAACAGAGCCACCCCGACAUGAGUUCUAGUGUUGAGAGCAGUUCGAGUAUGCGUAGAGCAGGGCUGAACGUCCCGGCUAUAGAGACUGGACCCGCGGGGGACCUGGCUGCUGUCAGUUCCAUCGUGCAUAACGUCUUCGCUUCUCAAGGGACGCCCAACCGUCUGAUUCUCGGCGGUGGGAUGGAACUGGACACCUCCACUCCUGUCGAGGAGACAACAACAACACACACGGGGAGGGGCGGAGAGCGGCUUUCGCCAAACCGCUCUAGCAAUGUUGGUGGAAACAACGACGACAACAACGACCCAGGCUCAGACGCAGUGAUGACAUGGAAGGUUGUGAACCCGGAUGACCCCAUGCACAUGUGGUACGAGUGCGGGAUCUGCCGCAAGCCGUUCCGCGACUUGGAGAGGCUCCAGAAGCACGAGAAGCUUCACGCCCCCGGAGGGCCCAAGAACCACCAGCGGCCCUACAAGUGCCCGAUGUGCCACGCCUUCUUCACCACCAGGUCCACCCUGGAGACGCACUGGAGACGCCACAGCGGGGAGAGGCCAUUCAAGUGCAAAACCUGCAGUGCGAGCUUCACGCAGCGAUCCAACCUGAAGCGGCACAUCCGCGUGCACACGGGCGAGAAGCCGUAUCAAUGUCAGGUUUGUGGGGUCCGCUUCACCCAGAGUAACAGCCUGAAGGCCCACUACGGCUUCAAACACUUCCAGGGCAGCCCAGGGAUGGAUGGGAACCCAGGGGCUACGUAGAUGUGCCAACAGUUUAUUCAUACAUACACAUACAUACUUCUAUUUAUUGUUUGCUUAAGGCACAUGGCCUAUAUCAUGACAUUAA